UGACCGCUGCCUAGUAAUGACUUGGAUUUGACGUGGGCUCAUUAUGUUGUUGUUUGGCCACUCUAUAACGUGUAAUAACGUUACACAAUCAAAUAAUUGCGUGAAGAAGACAGAAUUUGGCACAAAAUUUUGAUGUUAAGAAGAAAUAUAUUAAAAGCUUGUCGUUGGCAUCGACAAAAAUGUACUUCGGUCAAAGGUCGUUCAAAAAUUACAACUCACUAUACGAUUUACCCCCGUGAGUCCGAUCCUCGAUGGAAAGAUGUUGAAAUGGAAAGGUUUGCAGAUGAAGCGGAUGUGAUCAUUGUUGGAGGAGGACCAGCUGGUUUGUCUGCUGCAAUCAGAUUAAAACAGUUGGCCAAUGAAGAGGAAAAAGAAAUCCGUGUUUGUGUUUUGGAAAAGGCACCAGAAAUUGGAGCGCACACACUGUCCGGAGCAUGUCUUGAGCCUCGUGCUUUGAAUGAACUAAUUCCUGAUUGGCAGGAAAAGGGAGCCCCCUUGAAGACAAAAGUAACUGGGGAUAGGUUUUCAUUUCUUACAAAGAACUACAGAAUACCAUUGCCAAUUUUACCAGGUAUGCCAAUGAACAAUCACGGAAACUACAUUGUUCGUCUUGGUAAUUUUGUAAGCUGGUUGGGAGAGCAGGCUGAGGAGUUGGGUGUCGAAGUUUAUCCAGGUUUUGCUGCAAGUGAGGUUUUGUAUCACGACGAUGGUAGUGUCAAAGGAGUGGCAACGAACGACGUUGGAAUUCAUAAAGAUGGCGCUCCCAAGGCAACGUUUGAGCGAGGAAUGGAGUUUCACGCAAAAUUAACCAUGUUUGGUGAAGGAUGCCACGGUCAUCUGGCAAAAACGUUGUUUCCAAAGUACGACCUGCGUAGAAAUUGCCAACAUCAGACAUAUGGCAUUGGCUUGAAAGAGCUUUGGGAAAUUGAUCCAGCAAAUCACCAACCGGGCUUUGUUGAGCAUACAUGUGGGUGGCCAAUGGAUAAAAAUACAUACGGUGGCUCUUUUCUCUAUCACCUAGACGAAGGACCACUUGUUUCUAUUGGAUACGUGAUUGGUUUGGAUUACAAGAACCCGUAUCUUAGCCCGUUUAGAGAAUUUCAGUUGUUAAAAACGCACCCCCACAUUCGAAAGACAUUGGAAGGCGGGAAAAGAAUAGGUUACGGUGCCCGCGCUUUAAAUGAAGGUGGUCUACAGAGCAUACCAGAACUCGCAUUUCCAGGUGGUGCGUUGAUUGGAUGUAGCCCUGGUUUUAUGAAUGUACCCAAGGUGAAAGGAACACACAACGCUAUGAAAAGUGGAAUAGUUGCCGCCGAAUGUGCUUUUGAAGCACUAACGAACAACGACGAAUGCGAUACACAAGGUUUAUAUUUGCGAAAUUUUGACGAUGCUAUACGCAACAGUUGGAUCUACGAUGAACUGAAUGAAGUGCGAAACGUACGGCCGUCAUUCAACACCAAGUUAGGUAUAUACGGUGGUAUUGUUUACACAGGUAUUGUUUAUUAUUUAUUACGCGGGCGAGAGCCUUGGACAUUCAAACACAAACACACCGAUCAUAACUCAUUGAAACCUGCAACCGAGUCUAAAGUGAUCGAGUACCCGAAACCCGACGGGAAAUUGACAUUUGAUUUGCUAUCGUCUGUUGCACUUACUGGUACAAAUCAUGAUCACGACCAACCCGCUCACCUGACCUUGAAGGACGACAGCGUGCCGGUUGAUAAAAAUCUCGCAAUAUUUGACGGCCCAGAGCAGCGUUUCUGUCCAGCUGGUGUUUACGAAUACGUGCCAGAGGAGGUCGGGGACGGAUUGAGGCUACAAAUAAACGCCCAGAACUGUAUUCAUUGUAAGACAUGCGACAUAAAAGAUCCCAGUCAGAACAUAAAUUGGGUUGUGCCAGAGGGCGGUGAAGGACCAGCAUAUAAUGGCAUGUGACGCUACGUAUUGAACAAGAUUAAAAGUUUCGCGGGGCGUUCGCUAUCAGGAAGAGUAAACAUAUAUCCUAUAUUAGCAAUGUACAAGAGAUAAUUUGAGCAAGUGUUUUAUCAUGUUAAUUAUUCGAAUAAAUUUUUUUGAUUUCGCAA